AUAAAUCUAUCAUCCUCUAUCAAACCUCAUCCCUUGAACGUCAAACCAUCAGGAAACAAAUUUUUUCUUGAAAUAUCUCCAGAUCAAAGAUAUAAACAGAAAAUAACAGAAAAAAGAAAAAAACAACUUGGUUAUCUUGUUUCAUUUCCCGAUGAUCUAAUUUUUAAGAUUUUAUCAUAUGUCAACUCGCCAAAGGAUCUUUUAACUCUAUCCCAUGUUUCAAAGAUCAUUUACUGCUACUGUUCAAAUGAAGAGCUAUGGAAAAAUAUCUAUCUAAAAUAUUACAACUCAGAUGAAUCAUUUCAACAAAAAUUCGAAAAAAAUGGGUGGAAAGGUUCAUGGAGGUCUUCUUUACUAAAUUUCCCAUCCGAUACUCAUAAAAGAGAUCAAAUAACCAAAUUCUUAAAAUGCGAAUACAAUUUAUUGUGUUCAGAUACCAUUUUCAGACCAUACCAAUGUUCACAGAUUAAUUAUCAUCUGAUAUUUGAAAAGGUAAUCGCAAUUGAAUCAUUAUUUCAAAACAAAUCUUCAAGUGAUGUUAACCGAAAAACCACAAUUGACAUUCCUUAUAAUCAAGUGUCAAGAAUAUCAGAAAACGAAAUGACGUUGGAAAACUUUGCCAACAAUUGGACAAAUUACCCAUUUAUUUUAGUAAAUCCUAAUGACACUGAUAGAAAAAGAUGGCCACAAUGGGAAAUGACUGAUUUAUUAAAAAGAUUUCCCAAUGAAAGAUUCAGACAAGAAUCAGUCAAAUGGCCAUUGGAUUUUUAUUCUGAUUAUUAUCGAAAAAAUGAAGAUGAAAGCCCACUUUAUUUAUUUGAUUGUAACAGUGAUGCAAUGAAAACGAUAACAAAAGAAUACGAGGUUCCAGAUUGCUUUAAAUACGAUUUGUUUCAAUUAUUUAAUAAAGAUGAUAUCAAAUGUCGACCGGAUUAUAGAUGGAUAAUAAUUGGGUGUAAAAGAACAGGAUCAACAUUUCAUAAAGAUCCCAAUUCAACAUCAGCAUGGAAUACAGUAAUUUCAGGCUGUAAAUUAUGGGUGAUGUUACCACCAAAUGUAAUACCACCUGGAGUAUCGGUUAGUGAGGACCAAAGUGAAGUGACAUCGCCAAUUUCGUUGGCAGAAUGGGUUUUAUCAGGAUUUUUUAAUGAUAUUUUGGGAAUGAGUAAUGUAAAGGAGAACAAUUGUUUAGUUUGCAUAACAUUUCCAGGGGAAUGUAUAUAUGUUCCAGCAGGAUGGUGGCAUUGUGUUAUAAAUCUUAAAGAUAGUAUUGCGUUGACACAAAAUUUUAUACCAAAGAAGGGAUUGGUAAAUGUAUUUGAUUUCUUUAAGAAUAAAAAAAAACAGAUCAGCGGGUUUCAUUUUAAGGACGUUAAUAGGUCGAUUAAAAGUGUGAUUAAAAAGAAUAAAAAUCAAAAUAAUCGAAGAAUUGAAAUUUUUAGAGAUUAUUUAAAAAAAUUUCAGGAAAUAAAAGAAAAAUAUGGAAUAGAUGAAACCGAAGAUUGUGGAGAGCAAUAUGGAAUAAUUCCAAUUCCAUUGCUUGAAUUAUUUGAAGAAUUAUUGAUUCAGGAUAACAAUUCAAAAUUGCUAAAUGAAACAAAAGAGGAGUUGAGACAAUUAGAGAAAGAGAGAUAUAAUGAAGGAAAUCUAAAGGUUAAGAGCAGUAAGCUAUGGGAUGAAUUAAUUCAUGGUAGAAUAGAAAAUAAAGAAAUACAAGAGAAAGACAAUGAUAAUCAAGUGAGCAAUGGAUUUACAUUUAAUUUCGACGAAAGUGAUGAUGAUGAGUAA